CACCGUUUCUUCUCCUCUGUGGAAAUCCCACACGAUUCAAAUUAGAGGCGUGCGAGAGAAGCCGAUCGAUUCCUCUUCCCAUCACGGUCUUGUGCUGCGUUCUCGCGUCGCCGAUCUCGUCGCUACGCCGCCACCGACGAUGUCUAACCUCCCGCAGCCGCACUGCCUCGCCCCUGCCUUCGGCGGAGGCCCCGCCCCUCCGCCCCUGUCGUCCGCCGCCGGGGGCGGGCAGCCCGUGAGGGACCGCAAGAUCGCGUCCGCGGAGCAGCUCGUGCUGGAUCUCUGCGAACCGGAUCUCCGGGAGAACGCGCUGGGGGAGCUUUCCAAGGAAACCCUCUCUGAUGUUGUGGCGAUGGAUAUUCUUGUGCUACGGUAGAAAGGUUGAAUUUUUAAUCGAUUAGUUCCUGUAAUUAGCUGAAGCUUCUAUCUUGAAAUUGAUUAGUAUGCUUUGGUGGAUGGUAAAGUUCCCUAUGAGCACUGCAAUGGGAUCUUUUGAUCUGGAAAGGAACUAUUCUAUUCUUUUUCCUUAUUUUCUUUUUUUUCUUCUUUUGAUGAUUGAUCUUGAAGUGGUGGUGACCUGAACAAAGAUGGGAAUUGGGUAGUUUUGUUUGAUGUUCCAGGAAUCCCAAGGGCCAUUCAGCUAGUUGCAUGAAGAAGAGAGAGAUAUUUCAAGAUUUGGCUCCUUUGUUAUGGAACGCAUAUGGGACAAUUGCAGCACUCCUCCAAGAGAUAGUUUCUAUAUACCCUUUUCUUUCACCUCCAACUUUAUCACCAGGUGCAUCAAAUAGAGUCUGCAAUGCUCUUGCCCUUCUUCAGUGUGUAGCAUCACAUCCUGAUACACGAAUUCUUUUCCUAAAUGCACACAUCCCUUUGUAUUUGUAUCCCUUUUUGAAUACCACUAGUAAGACAAAGCCAUUUGAGUAUUUAAGAUUGACCAGCCUGGGGGUUAUUGGCGCCCUUGUAAAGGUUGAUGACACGGAGGUAAUUAGUUUUCUUCUUCAAACAGAAAUAAUUCCUUUGUGCCUGCGCACGAUGGAGAUGGGUAGUGAACUUUCAAAGACGGUUGCGACCUUUAUUGUUCAAAAGAUAUUGUUGGAUGAUGUUGGGCUUCGGUACAUUUGUGCUACCGCAGAACGUUUUUAUGCUGUAGGUCAAGUGCUUGGAUCCAUGGUCACAUCACUUGCUGAACAGCCAUCUGCGAGACUGCUGAAGCAUAUAAUUCGUUGUUACUUAAGGCUUUCGGAGCACCCAAGGGCAUGUGGAAGUUUGAACAACUGUCUUCCCAAUAUGCUAAAAGACGGAUCUUUUAACAAUUAUAUUGAUGAUCCUACAACUCGGCACUGGCUGCAGCAGCUACUACACAAUGUUGGUGGCAUAAAUCGGGUAGCCAAUCUUCAGGGUGGACUCGAUCAUAUUAUCGGAAGUUAGGGAUUCUUGUGCUCAUCAAGUAAUGUAUCAGUCUUUAUCUCAGUUCAUUUUGGUCACUUUAUCACCUGUUGUUUGAGGUGGAAAAAGACCUGUUCUAUUUUGUGAAAAACACCAUGAUUAGAAAUAACAAAGAGGAACUGUCACGUUGUUUUCCCUCCCA